ACGAGUUCGAGCAGAGACGUAGGUCUUGAGAAGCAAUGUUCAUGAACGGCUCGUCGUUCGAUGACGACGCCCCCUCUCGUGGAGGAUCAAGGGGGCGGAAGGGAGGCCGUGAUGACGACGUGUCGAACGCGGUGGAGGUGCUCACCUUAGACGACUGCAGAACCGGGAGCGGUGGAAUGUCUGCUCACCCGAACUCCCUCAAAGACGAUGACCUCGAUGGCGAACUCGGAGGGGCGGACUACCUUUCCGGUGCCCGCUCCAGCGUCAUCCAACAGCAGCGAGAACUGCAGAAGAAAAAACUUCAGGAGCGCAUGGGAGGGGGUGUUGUACGCACGUCACUUCCCAGGCAAUACUCAGCUCCGCGGUCAAUGGAUGUCGAUGAAAGGCCUUCACGCUUUGGUCGAGACGACGAUGAGCUAGACGAUGACUCGUCACGCGGGUCUGGGCGUCGGUCUGGUUCGUCGCGGCAAAACGUAAGCAGUCGCGGCAGCUCUGGAGGUCAAUCGUAUUCACGCCGUAGCCGCAAUGAUGAUGACGACGACGACGACGACCGACGCUCGAGUCGCCCCGGUGGUUGGGACCGAGACCGGGCUCGCGACCGAAGCUAUGACAGAGACUUUGAUCGUGAUCGUGGCGGCAGUAGCCGCGACCGAGGUGGCCGAGGGGAUCGCAGCUACUCUCGUGACCGAGGUCGGGCACGGGACCGUCGCAGCGACAGUGAUGAUUCAGAUCGUGAUCGGUCGCGGACCCCCAAAGGCGCUCGCAGCGGAGAUCGUCGUGGCAAGGACUAUGACGAACCGUCGUCUAAGCGUUCCAGCCGUGGAUCAGGCAGCAGUGGACGUGGUGGGCGCGACGAUGACGAUGAUCGCCGUGGUACCUCCAAUAGCCGUGGGGGGUUCGUACGCACCGUGAAUACGCGUGGACGUUCACACUCUCGCUCGCGUUCACGCUCGAGAUCUCGCUCGCGAUCUCAGUCCAGAUCGGCAUCGGAUGCUUCUUCGGAAGAUGAUCGCAACCGGAAUGCACCUACUUCCCCAUCGCGUGACGGUGACAAAGGCCGAGCUGCCGCCGCUAAUGCACGCAAGCCGAAACUUGACAUUACAGACAUGCGAGCCUUCACCUUGCGCCCCAUUCCUAAAGCAUACGACGUGGUUGAGUGCUACAUUGAACGCAACAAGUCUGGCGCCAACAAGAUGUUCCCUGAGUACUGUUUGUACAUGAAGGAAGGCGACCGCUUCUUGCUCACGGCAAAAAAACGCCCCAAGAACCGCACCAGUAACUACCUCAUCUCCCUCCAGCGUGGAGAUUUACUACGUCGUGGCAGUGACAACUACGUGGGCAAGCUUCGUGCCAACUUCUUGGGUACCGAGUUCACGAUCUACGAUAACGGCUCCAACCCGAAAGAUGUUGAUCAACAGACCAUCACAAGCAACCCUGCGGGUAUUCGUCAGGAGUUGGGUAUUGCAAUGUACGCCGCCAACGUUUUGGGUCAUCGUGGUCCACGAAAGAUGAAGGUUUGUGUCCCGCGUGUGCGGGAGGACGGGACCCGCGUGGUCUGGAGACCAUUAACUAAGGAGGAUGAGAUGGUCAACAAGUGCAAAGAGCAAGACCACACGAACCUCACGUACCUUAUUAACAAGCCUCCGCGCUGGAACGACCAAGUAUGCGCCUAUGUACUCAACUUCAAUGGCCGCGUGACCAUGGCUUCUGUCAAGAACUUCCAGCUUGUGACUCCGGAGGAUCAAGAGACGGUCGUGCUUCAGUUUGGUCGAGUCGGCAAAGAUCUCUUCACGAUGGAUUUUAGAUGGCCACUAUGUCCCCUCCAGGCCUUCGCUAUCACACUCAGCAGCUUCGACUCGAAACUUGCUUGUGAGUAA